AAAAAGUAGGCUGUUCACUUGCGGUCAGAGAGCAAAAACCAUUUAAAUUGAAAUAGAGUGAAUUGAAAUAAAUGAGCUGCAAAUAUAUAUUAGACCUUUUUACUCACAAUGAGCGGCUUUAUUAAUUGUGCUGCUUACACAGCACUGGCACAUGAAGGAUGGGCUUCAUUUUUAAAGAUUCUGAAUAUGGUAAACUUUGCUAAAUCUAUGCAGCUGGAGGUGCAGGCUCUUGUGGUUCUUUUUGGGUAUAUGAUCAAAUUGCUAUGCUUCAUUAUACUGGCCUAUGGCGUUAUUACUCAUAAUAUAUUGUUUAUCAGAAUCUGGCUACUGAUGUCCUAUACUCUCAUUGAUUUGACCUCAAUUUGUAAAUGUUUUGCAAAAUUAUUUGAAUAUUUCUUUACCAACAAGUACCCCGACAAGUCAGAGUUCAUACUCGAGAUUAGAGACACAUAUUGUCCACUAAUGGGUGAGGUGAUGGCAAGGAUUGGCAUAAUUUUGACAAUUUACAGAUACUAUCAAUCCCUGCAACCACCAGUAAAAAUCCGCGGUCCUAUUACAUUUACUGAACCCCUGAGAAUAGCCAAAUAAUAAUAUCCAAUGAUUUAUAUUUGCAAACUAGAUAAAUAAUUUGUUU